AUGGUGUUGUUCGGGUCAUAUGAAAGAGGGUCCCUACAAACCCUAGAAUCGGCCCCAACAACACUAUGUUUUAUCCUUAUAAUAGUGGAGAAAACCUUUCCGGAUUCAUUUUUAUACCUAGAUUUAAAAGUUACGUAUCUCCCUCUAGGCAAGGCAACAGCAGCUAAUAUUUUAACCCUGUUAGUUUCUCGGUGAGAGCUUUCAUUUGACCCGAACAUGUGCCAUUUUUUCGCUCAACAAUACACACACCUCCAUUGUCAGAACAAGUACUACAUAAGGAUUAUAACAUGAUCCUCAUAGAAGAUACUCAUUAUUUUUAGAUUUUGAGGUUUUGGCAAAGUAUCUUAUUUAGUCACCAGGAUUCUCUUCGAGGACGCUAUUACAAUGGUUUGAAGAUGGUGUUCAUCAAAAGUUAAAAAUAGCAUUUUAGAACACUUUCUGCCUAUCCCAUUAUCAUUGCCCAUUACAAAGUCCAUAAAAUCCAUAGAUCCCAAUGUUUGUCACUGGAGAGCUCCGUUCGGAUUGACAUCCAUCUUUUCAGCAUUUUCAAAAGUAGAAGCCCUCUCAGAUUACAUAGAUUCGCGUGGAAUCCUCUCAACUUUGUUCAAUUUCGCCUGUAUCCAAACCUUGUCAUGAUCUUACUCAGAGCACAUCACGGUUGUUCUUCGAACAGCUUGACAUAACUUAUCAAAAGUCUUAUAAUAUUUCACCGGCAUUCUCUAUGCAAAUACUUAGGAGAUUCCUCGGCAGGUCUACAUUCAUCAUACAGAAAAUCGCGUAUCCUUAAGGUUUCCUAAAAAACAUAGGGAUUAGGUUUGAUAUUUUGUUGUUCAACGAUUCGAUAUUCUUCUCCCAAGAUACAGAUAGAAUCUUCUCUGAUGUUCAUAUAAAUGAUCAUUCUACCAAAAAGAUUCUGAAUUCUUGCAAUUCUGAAAAAAAUCCUCAGGCCCUUAUGUUUUUCUAUCAAAAGCUUUCAUAGAAUUAGCAUUAUUCUUUCUUGGAGAGUCUCCUUACAACAAUCUCCAGAUGUUAUUUUUAUGAUCAAAAAGAUCUUGGCAAGAACUAGAAGUAACAUAGAUGUAAGAAUCGUUACCAAAUCCUUUUUUCUCAUAAGAAACUAGGAAAAGACUUCUCAAUUUUUAUCUGCGAAACGAGCAUUCUCAAAGAUGAAUGUCGUAUUUGUAGCGCUUACUCCCACGAGAGACGAGCUUCCUUCGACAACGACGAUUCCUUUUCUUUUUCGUUCAUUGUAGUAAUUCCCAAUAUUCCAGUUGAUGCCCGAUGGGUACAGAAGGGAGUGACUGUUGCUGGAGGCCAUGGAUGGGGUAGUGCCACCAAUCGACUCUACUAUCCUGAAGGUCUCUUCGUUGAUGAUGAUCAAACGAUAGUCAUCGCUGAUUUCUGGAAUCAUCGUAUCACCCAAUGGAAGAUGGGUGAUACGAAUGGACAAGUAGUGGCUGGUGGCAAUGGCCAAGGAAAUCAAUUGGAUCACUUGAAUCUACCAACCGAUGUAUUGAUUGACAAAGAGACGGAUAGUCUCAUUAUUUGUGACCGGGACAAUCGACAAGUCGUUCGAUGGUCUCGUCGUAAUGGUACAACUCAAGGAGAAAUCCUCAUUGACAACAUUCGUUGUUGGGGAUUGGCCAUGGAUGAUCAGAGAUAUCUCUACAUCUCUGACACCCACAAAGAUCAAGUAAGACGAUAUCAAAUAGGAGACAAGAAUGGAACUCCCGUGGCUGGUGACAAUGGCAAAGGUGCUGGUUCCAAUCAACUCAACUUUCCGACCUACAUCUUUGUCGAUCAACAACAGACUGUCUACGUGUCAGACAACAAAAAUCAUCGUGUAAUGAAAUGGAAUAAAGAUGCAAAAGAAGGAAUUGUCGUCGUUGGAGGUCAAGGCCAAGGGAAUGCUCUGACACAAUUGUCGAAUCCUUACGGACUGUUCGUCGAUACAUCGGGUACCAUCUAUGUGGCAGACUCGGAGAAUAAACGAGUAAUGCGUUGGCCUAAAGGUGCGAAACAGGGCACUGUCAUUGUGGAUGGAAAUGGUUACGAAGAAGGAGCAAAUCAGCUUCGCUAUCUCCGAGGUUUGUCCUUCGAUCAACAAGGCAAUCUCUAUGUCGUCGAUGGUGGCUUGGGCGGCAAUAAUCGUGUUCAACGCUUUUCAAUUGAAUAG